GUCAAGGGGAGGGGAGCACGGCGGGAGAGGAGUGACUUUCGUUCAAAAAUAGUGGAGCACUACGUUGAGAAACAUACACACACGGCAGCACCCGGUACGGCGAGCAUGGAGGCUACGAAACACGGCGAAUAACGGGACCGGGACGAUAUCUAAACAGGAGGGCACAAACCCGGUGCCAAGAGGAAGCGGAUAUAUCGAAAGAGAAUACUGGGUUACAGCUCAAGUCAGUGCCACACGCCUCAGUGUUGAUGUUGGUAUUUGGCCACGAAUACCUGCUGAAAAUAGUCCCGUCGUCCUUUAUUGUGGAUCCCCCGUCCUGUGUGACCCCCUAACACAGAGAGGAUGGUGAUGGAGGAGGGGGGGCAGAGCGCCAGAGGGAGGGGGGCUCCGGGUACAGCAGGAGGAUCUGAGGCAAGACAGAUCUUCAUGGAGCUGGGGGAGCAGAACUUCGACGCGAUACGACUCUCAACAUAUCGAACAGCCUGCAAGCUGAGAUUUGUACAGAAGAGAUGCAACUUGCAUUUGAUCGAUGUUUAUCACGUGAUCGAGGCCGUGCGGGACGCUGGUCUGAACGCCGUGGAGCUGAAUGCGCGCAUCUCGGGAACAAGACUGGAGAACCUGGUGUCCUCCCUGUUCAAUCAGCUCAGCAAGCGCCUGCCCACCACACACACCAUCAACCCACGAGAGAGCACUGUCCUUCUGGUUGACUUCAUAAGGGCUGCUAUUGACAGUGAGCCAGACAGCCAUCUGACGGUGCUCUCUGUGAAGGCGAUGCUAGCCGUAUUGUGUGGAGGCAAGCUGGUGGACAAGCUUCGCUAUGUUUUUUCUCAGGUAUCCGACUCCAGCGGAAUACUGGUGCAUUCCAAAUUUGACAGCUUUCUGAGGGAGGCUCUUAAACUGCCCACCGCCGUGCACGAGGGACCGUCCUUCGGCUACACACACACCUCUGCUCGCUCCUGCUUCCCACAACAGAAGAGGGUGAUGCUGAACAUGUUCCUGGACAUCGUAGCCGACCCUCCUCCUCAGUGUCUCCUCUGGCUGCCUCUUAUGCACCGCCUGGCCAACGUAGAGCAUGUUCAUCACCCAGUGUCGUGCUCCUAUUGUCGUAGCAACGGUAUGACGGGCUUCCGCUAUCGCUGCCUCCGAUGCCGUGGUUACCAGCUCUGCCAGAACUGCUUCUGGCGUGGCAAUGCCAGUGGUUCCCAUAGUAACCAGCAUCAGAUGAAGGAGCACUCAUCCUGGAAGUCGCCGGCAGUGAAGCUAGGCCGAGCUCUGAGCAGGACCCUGGGUUGUGUGCCGCUUAGAGAGCCCCCUCACCCUCUCUACCCAGAGGAGCCUGUGAGGACCCUCAACCUGGCUAACAUAGUCCCCCCUCGUCCCAUUGGGAACACCAGUGAGGCCAUGUUGGUGUCCCCAGCAGCCUCAGGCUCCCCCAGGAGCUUGGCAGCGGCUCAGCGCAUGAACGAGGAACACGCUCUCAUAGCUGCCUACGUCAAUCGCCUCCAGAGCAGCCCACGAGGUGUGAUGGACAGUCCCAGCAGACAAGAUGAGGAGCACAAACUGAUUGCCCGCUAUGCCUCCCGACUAGCAGAGACUGACAACACAGGAGAGAGGGCCAUACCUAGCCGGAGCAUCAAUUUUGAUGUGAAUAAACAGCAGAGGGAGCUCAUUGCUCAGCUGGAGAGCAAAAACAGAGAGAUCUUGGCAGAGAUCAAUCGUCUCCGUACAGAGCAUGAGGCAGCAUGCCAGCCCAGCCCAGAGAAAGGCAGCACCAACCCGACUCUGCUGGCCGAGCUGCGUCUGCUCAGGCAGAGGAAAGACGAGCUAGAGCAGAGGAUGUCAUCCCUGCAGGAGAGCAGGAGGGAACUGAUGGUACAGCUGGAGGGACUGAUGAAGCUUCUCAAGGAUGAGGAACAGCGACAGGCAGCGCAGGCAGCUGGUUCCUCCCAGGCCUCUCCCUCCCGGCCAGUCCCUGCAAUGGCCCGCUCAACAGGUCCCGCCACUCCCCAGGCACACAUGUACCCCCCUCAGGACUCGCUUGCUGGAGUGGGGGGUGACGUACAAGAGGCUUUUGCCCAGGGUCCCAGGAGGAACCUGAGGAACGACCUCCUGGUUGCAGCAGACUCCAUCACCAACACCAUGUCAUCACUGGUCAAAGAGCUCCACUCUGAUGAUGGUCGGGAGGAAGAGGAGAGAUUGCUGAAUGGGAAGGAUAGAGGUUAAAGUGAACAAAAGACAAACAGUAACAGCAGAGUGAUGUCGCUCAACUGUAGCUUUCAUCAAGGCCAAAGAAGACUGACCGUACCAGGAUGAAACAUAUAUUCGUUGUUUGCCAAUGAGAUUAGAGCUCCACUGCCAAUCAACCAAUCACGAUGCUGGACACCAAAUGACCCCUGGGUCCCUACUGAUGUAUAGCUGUGAUUCUGUGUUUGUCUUGUCACUGUUCAGCGUGGUUUUACUUUGUUUUGAUCGUGUUUUGAUUUGAACAUACGUAGCUAUAUGAGGAAUCUGAAACCUACUGAUUUGUGCUGUAGUGUGUGUGUGCUCUGCGUUUGAGCGGCAAGAGGGUUUAGCAAGUGAGAGGGACAGUGAAGAGACAGAGAGGUGUUUUAGAGAAUGAGUGAAAGUUUAAUAAUGUGCAGAACAGAACAGUGCCAAGGGCUGAGAUAUUGCAUGUAAUCACAGAGGACAUUAAAAAGGGGGAGAAAAAUAGAGGGUCAGCGGAUGAAAGGGCGAGACUUGAGUUGCGACUUUCAUGUUUCCUGUAAUUGGCACUAUGUGCUUGAUAUUUAUUGCUUUGCUUUGAUUUUGAUUUGAUUUUUGUCAUUUAUUCAUUGGGUUUGAGUGAAGCCAGCGAUGUGCGAGUGUGUGGUCAGGCCCUGCUGAGACGAUAAGCUUUAAUGGGACUUUUUUUCAAUGCUGAAUGCAGCCCAGUCCCCAGGCUGGGGCCAAUGCAGCGUGGAAAGUAGAAAUCCCCGUCCUUUCCAGGUCACUGAUACCUGGAUGAGAUUAGUUCCACGGGUGCUGGUAUGAUAGCAGCUCAGGUUGUCCAGGCCUCUAAAUCUGGUACUGCAGUGGGACUACAGUCAAAGAGGAGCUAUCUGAUUACUGUGGCGUGUGUAUGUGUGUGUGUGUGUGUGUGUGUGUGUGAGAGAGAGAGAGAGAGCGAGAGAGACAGAAAAGAAAAACCUUUUAUGUACAGGGUCAAUCUAGCAAUGCUGCCUUUUCAUGCUUCCUGUCAGAGGCAGGGGAUUAUGGGAGCUGAAGUGCUAUAGAGACAGUACACAGUGCGUCAUUCUUGAAAAGCCACGCCCACUGGAGGGGAAAACGGUCCAUGACGAUCAGCACAACCAAAUGUAAAACGGCUACCAACAUACCUUUAGGUAGCUACUUUCAGCAUGUUGAAGGGUUAUUUUGCACCCUGUGUCCACGAGAGAGGAAGAGGCAUUUAGAAAAGCUCAGUAUUGUUGGGCUCACACUGAGUGAAAGAUAGGAAAAUGAAAUGAUGCAGUUUGUUUAAAUUGCACUACUUUUUUCAGUAUUUUCCAGGGUUACAGCUGACAAACCACAGGAGGGAAAAAACAAACUUUAUGGCCACAAUAGAGCCACAUCCAGUCUGUGUGCUGUUGGUACGUUAAUUAACGAAUGACUUGGGGCAAGUGUUACAAGCUAAUGUGUAAAAUUAUUUACCUUAAAACAAUAUAGCUAAUGUUAUCUUAGCUAAAACUGAAAAUUGGAUAUCCAGCUUACAAGGGAUAAAAGACUUGCUGCACACUUGAUCAUGUUGAGCGUCAAUGUCCCACAGUUUAACACCUGAUUGCCUGCUUCCACUUUUCUCUUGUUAAAGACUCGGUUGUUCUGCCUGGAACCAUAUAAAAACUUAAUUAUGGAUUCUUGGCCAUCUCUUUAGUGCUUUCCCACCAUGUUUUUUUUUUGUCCAGCUUGUUAAUAACCAACCCACACUUGCAAGGAGACACAGUAACACAAUAUAAAUAUGAAGUCAAUGGAGAGCGAUGGAAAGGUUUUCCCCUCUUGAGUGGGUGACACUUAUUUGUGCUUUGUGUCUAUAGUAUAGUUGUUUUAGCACAGCCUCCUUGUUCUCUGGGGAUGUUACAGACAGACUGGUAGUGUGUGUGUUUUAGGUGCUUCCACCCCCCAACACACACACACACACACACAUACACACACACACACACUGAUUUACUCCCAGCAUCACCUGUUCCUAUUUAUAUGCAAACCCAACAGGACCCACCUGGACUUAGUGGGCUUGUGUCUGUUCAGGCAGAAGUCAUUCAUCUAAUGGAUGGUAUUUUAAUAUCUUGGAAAACUGUUUUUAUUAGCAUUUUCCAUUAGGUUUUCUUAGAGUUUCAGGGCUUUAGUUGGUUAGGGCUCACAGAAAGCUGUACCUUCCUGGAUCAGUUUGGGUUUGAGUUAGUUUUUAUACGUAAUCCGAUCUCUGCAAACAAACAGCAGACUGUCCACAACAUACCUGAUGUUUGACUGACACCUGGAGACUAGGAUCUUCAUGUUUUUGCAGUAUGCUGAAUGACUGAAUUACUGAUUUAAUGACUGAAUGAGUUCAUGAUUCAGUGUGUGCGUGAAAGAGAGAGAGAGAAAUCGAGACUGACAGGACUGACGUGUCCUAACAUGAAACUGUAAACACUUUCAGCUCCAAUGCUGCAGGAGUUGAUGUUGUGAAAAGCGUGGAUCUGUUUUAUCUACAAUAAAUAUUAUUUAACAUCA